GAGACAAGUUGAAAGCUCAAGAGCUUGAAAGCUCCGAGUAAGUACGAUCCAGCCGAAUCUCCGAGAGACGCUCGUGCAACGAGAGUAACAUUAACGCGUGUAUGACUAUAUGUCUAGUCCGUGAGCUGCGACUCGACUGAUCCUUGAAGCCGCGCUUGCAGUCUAUGUGUUGAUCCAGUGGGAUAUGUAGGCAUGCCGAAGAAAAGUACGAGACAUGCACAUGUGCGGCAAACGGCGUCGUCGGCAACGGCCGUGGCAACAGCAGCGGCGGCGACGGCUACGGCGUCACUGGAUUCUGCCGGCUCGGAACCCCUCGAAAAACCAAAUAAGCGUCAUCGCAGUGUGCACAUCGGCCCAAAAAACGGUCGCCGUUGGCUUUCCCUCAAAAAGCGUCUGGGCCUGCCUACCGACGAUGAUCUCGUUGUCUAUCUCCUCGACUUGGCAGAAUCAAUUACAGAAAGAAGGGGUGAGAUCCAGUGUGCGGUGGAAAAGCAGGUAGUUGCCCCAACAGAGAUUAGUAGUGAUAUGCAUGAAAGGCCACGACGCAGUCAAAGAAAAAUUGCUGCUGCAGAAGAGUCUCUCAAAAAUGACAAGUCAGAGAAGCUGAAUAAAGCUGUCAACUCGACAGCUAAUGAGGACAAGAUUAUCCAACAGGAUUCUAAAUCAUGCUCAAAAUCUUGUUCGCGAACUAGUAAAGUGAAACGACAUGAAAAAAAGGCCAGGCAUCACAAGCGCAAGAAAAAGAAACGUCAGAAAAUCCAAGAUUUGAAAAAUCUACUUACUCUGGAGAACAAGAUAUCAAAUAAUAGUUUUUGGCAAUUUGAUUCUGAAAGUGAUACUGAAAAGUGCUGUACAGAUCUACAAGACAAUUUUAUUUCACAAACAAUCACUGACCAAUCUUCAAAAGAUUUUGAUCUUGAAGAUUCUAAUAGUAAGAUGGAAACUUGCAAAAAAUUACCUCAUGAUACAAGUGCAGAAACAAUUUCCUCUGAGGUCAAUAGGACUAAUGAAUUUAUUGAUCACAAUCUUGUGCACCAAACUUGUGUUCAGGAACAAAUUGACAUAAGGACAAUACAAAGUCUUGAUUCUCAAGAACUACAGGUACAAAGUAAAUUGAAUAAGCCCUCAGUAGAUUCGCUAGAACCAAAUCAAUCAUCAGUCGAAAAUUCAACCUCAAACUCUCCGAAUGAAAUGGACUUAAAAAGUACACAAACUACAGAAUAUUCAAAUUUGGCUAAUAAACAUAAACGUUCCAAGCGAGAAGCUAAUGAAACUUAUGAUCUUUCUGAAGGAUUGGAUACAAGUUAUUCUGAUGACUCAAAGUCAAUAACUUAUAAACCUGAUAAAAAAAGACACAAAAGUGGAGACCAUCAAAAUAAAAAACAUCAUGAUGUUCGUAAAGCUCCUCAAGAUGGAAUAAUAACUGGUGAUGAGAGCCAAGAUUUCUUGAAUUGUGCUAAUAAUCCAAUAACUUGUGCUAAUCCUGCACCUGAUGAUAGCACACUACCAACUCAAGCAAUGAUUGGAAGCUCUCAAGUAGAGCCUCCACGGUUAGCCAUCAAGAUCAAAUUGUGUCAGGAAUGCAAUAGUCGACAUUUACAAGAUGCAUGUCCUUUAACAGAGCCUCAAUAUACCAUUAAAGAUUCAAUAUCACUUGAACAAUGGGUUCAAAAGCAUGAUAGAAAUUCAGAGGCAAUGAAAGCUUUCAAUUCCAAUGAUCCUAUGUCUCAAGGCUAUGGCAGUCAUGCUGAUGAUGGGUUUGAUUCCGAAGAAGAAGUAUCAGAACAGUACAAAUCAAAAAUUAAGAGAGAAUGUGAGGAAAAGCAGCAGACUGUUGAUGUUAAUAGACCUCUUUACGCACGUGACUCUUUACCUGAUUGUUUGGAUUUCAAAUUGUCCAACACAGAUCAUGGUCUUGGUGUGUUUGUAAAAAAUCUUGUACCAAUGUAUGCACAACUGGGCCCAUUGAUUGGAAAAACUGUUCAAGAAAUGGACAUACCCGAUGAUUUUUCAAUGAGGCACAUUUGGGAGGUUGAUAUCAACAAUAAAACCAUGUAUAUAAGUACUACAAAUCCAUUAACUAGUAAUUGGAUUCGUUACGUUAGACCAGCUGAAACUAAAGAAGAUAGAAAUGUAGCACUGAUUAGCAAGAAUGGAGAACUUUUUCUAGUCACAACUAAAAGUCUGAUUACAGGAACUGAGUUGACUUAUUGGUCGGACUCUCAAUCCACAGCGUGGACACGAAAAAAUAAAGUUGAUAAGACAAAUUGUGGAGGAUGUAAUUUAAAUUUCACUCAUCCUAUAUACUAUCGUCUACAUUGCUGUAUUUUUCACGAUACUAAUUACAGUCUUACAAUAAGAAAAUAUCAUUGCAAAGUUUGUGGUGCAGCAGUUUUGGGUAAAGAUAAUAUUAUGAAACAUGCAGCUCAACUCCAUGCAGGGCGUGGUGCAUAUCAAUGUCAGUACUGUAAAAAAUUCUUUUUGAGGCUCAAUUACCUUGAGAUGCAUAGAACAUACGGAUGUUCACAAAACCCUCAAAGAUCUAGACCAUUAUGUGACUUUUGUGGACGUAAAUUUUGUCAACCUCAGAAACUCAAGGUUCACAUCAAGAGAAUGCAUAGUGAUAUGUCUGAAGUAUUAAGGGAAUUUCAAUGUAAAUUAUGUCUAAAACUUCUUGGAUCUCGCGCCGCUCUUCAGCGUCACAUGAAAGAAGUACACCACAAAGAUGUAGUUGGAGCGGCUACUUGCGAUCGUUGUGGCAAAAUGUUUCAAAAUAAAAGUAAUUUAAAAAUACACAUGUUAACCCAUAGUGGAGUUAAGCCUUUCAAAUGUAAAGAGAAUGGUUGUAAAGCUGCCUUCACGACAAAACAGUGCCUACAAUUUCAUUAUAAAAAAGUGCAUGGACUCAGUGAAGAAAAAAUGCCGAAAAUUGAACGCUCAGUAGCUUAUACUUUUGAUGCUUAUAGCGGUGGUUUAGUUGAAGAUGCUGGAAGAGGAAAAACUCCAAAAUUUAAUGCAAGUAGUGCACAGGAAAACAGCGAUAGUUUAGCAUCGUUUGACGAGUGUAGCAGUGAAAACAAUAACGCUGCCUUUGCUGCUGAUAUACCUUGCAGUAGUAACAGUAGCUCUAGUAAACAGUUGAAGGAAUGUGAAGAAUCAAAUCAUCAGAUAUCUGUGGUUGUUCCUAGCAAUGCAGAAUCGCAAUCAGCAGUGGAAAGUGCUGAAUCGGAUGUUGAUCUUUACGGGUCGUCACGCAUUUCGAAUAAAGAUAAUAAAAAAUGGAUAAGCGAAUUUGACCCAGCUCCUAGUACACCACCAGCGACUUCUUCAACUGAUAUUUAUAGCUUUCAUGAAAAUAAAAGAGAUGAGGAAAAAAUUCAUUCAUCUAAUCCAAGUUUAAUGGAUGACUCUACUAAACUUGGUUUAAGCAUGUACCGAAGAACCGAAAGCGCAAAUGCCAGCCUCCUAGUCGAGGCAGCACUUGAUGCAGCUGAGAGAGAGAUUGGUGCAGUAUCUAGUCCUAUUUUAGAAGAUAGCGAUCGCGAAGGUAAUUUGUAUUCUAUCACAAAUGAGCUUGAUUUUAAAACAACUUGCUCACAAAAUCAAGUAGUGCAAAGAUCGCCAGAAGGUGGUCAUCUAGAUUCUUACAUGCAAAAUGAACUUGUCACUACAUCGCCAGAAACCAAUACACAUGCAAGACAUACACCACCUGGCCAUAUGCAUUUAGAUUAUCAUAUUCAUAGGCCUAUUGAGUACAUCAAUACAACAGGUAGAGCGCAUAAUAUCGAGCAGUACCUUGAUCAGCAAGAGGUUCAACGUGUUAUACAUGUUUCUCAAGAGGUCCCAACAUCUCCUUCUCGGUAUCAAGAAAUCCCUCAUCCUCAUUCUCAUUCCCACUCUCAUGCUCACUCUCUUUCUCUUACUCAGACACAUCCUCAUACACAUCCUCACCAUCACCAAAUUACAACUGAUGCUCUCUCUGAUGAUGAAGGAGAUUCAGUUGCUCAAAAUUUAAGCUUACCUAUUAAGGAUAAAAGUUUGCAGCAGCUUGAUUUAACCAAGUAUGAUGGGCUUGAAAGUGAAUUCUCUGUAGUUAAUAGAGAAAGAGUUAGAUUUGAACCUCUUAUAGUGCAAUCUACGGCUGAUCAGGGAUUAGAUAUGUCAGCUAGAGGAUUUCAACAUACAUUUGGAUCCCAAGCACAAAAUAGCAGUCAUAAUCAUCACCAUCACCACCACCAUCAUCAUCAAUUGUAUGAAAUGAAUGAACGAGAACGACAGGGUGUUGAUUUAAGUCGAACUUCUGCAUGUAUGCCUUCACCACCAUAUCCUCCUCAUCCUUAUCCUCAUCCUUAUUCUCACGUUGACGUGCCAAGAGUUGUUAGCUUAGAAUCAACUUCAAGAUCUCAUCAUUUACACACGUCUGUCUCUCGGAUAAUUACUACAAGUCCUCAACCAGCAAAUUCUUUGACAUCACACAUUGUAUCAGAGGGUCUUGAAACUCGUAUUCUAUCUCCACCACCUUCGAUGCCUACAUACAAUACUACAUACUCGGUUGGCCCACCUUAUCAUACUUCCAGACCAGGAUAUCACUAUUCUGGAUAUUAUUAAGGUAAACAAAGACAAUUUUUUACUGUAUCUUCAUCAUCCUUCAUAAUCGCGAUGAGAAAAACAUGUUACAUAAGCCCAUUUUCAAGUAUUUGUUCAGUCCUUAUAUAAUUUGGUUUUCACAAAUAACUUGUAAUAUCAUUAAAGGCCUACAAUAAAUUUAUUAUUAGUUCGGUAUCCAUAUGCCAUUGAGGACUGUUAUUGAUUACUUGAGUUACAAAUUGUAUCGAAGUGAAAUCUGAAAUAUUUUCUGCGAUUUUACGAAAAAAAAAAUCCAGAACAUUAUGUGACAUUAAUUAAGAUAUAUGAAUUUUUUUAUUUAGAAAACCACUUAGUUUGUUAAAAAUCUAGCAUUUCAUUUCAAGAUUUAAAUUUAUUUAUUUUGUUUUUCUUUAUAAAAUUUGUUGGUAAGUUAUGAAAAAUUGAAGAAAAUUAACUCAAAUUGGGAUGAAUUAGUUUUAGUUAAAAAUUUAUUGGUUCUUAGAUGUUAAAUAAUUAAAGGAUGAAAGUAUUUAUAAGCAUAAUAUGUAACAAGUAUCAUUUUAUUUAUGUAUGCAUAUUUAUAUUUUUACAAUUGAUCAGCCUAAAAAUAAUUAUAAACAAGUAAUAUCCAAUAGAGUUAUGCAGCAAUAAUGUUAAUAUAUUUAUUUCUUCUAGUCAUUAGUCUUAUACUCGAUAUUUGGAUUGUUAAUAAUUUUGUAGUGCAUGAAAUAUAUAUAUAUAUAUAUAUAUAUAUAUAUAUAUAUAUAUAUUAUUAUUGACGGAUAGGUGGCUGCGGGAACAUCGCCCGUGCAAUGCGCCCAUACAAAAAUGUGAUUGAAUUACCGAAAACUAAUUUUUUUUUUUAAAUUUGUUGUAAAUCGUCCGCAUAAGAGUUAGUUUCAAGGUUCUUAUUUAAAAUGUUAAAAAUUGUUCACGUGCAAUAGAACAUUUCAGUAUAUAUUUCAUGAUCUACAGUUUAUUGAUGAUUCGAAAAAUAAAUUUAGAUUGACAAAUUAUAAGUAUGAAAGUUGUAUUAAACUUUUAAGAUAUAGCCAUGAAAUUAUUAUCUUUAUUUAUAUUGUAAAUCGUUGUUUUUUAUACUUACUAGUCUAAAUUUUGUUUUUAUUGUUCAAUGUGAAUGUGUAUAAAAAUCGCUGUAAUUAUACAAACAAACUUUUUUUUUAUAUAUGUAAUGAAAGUAAAAAAUGUUAAAUAUGUACUUUUUUUAAAAUCGCAAAUCACACUUCUUCCAUCAUUAAAAAGUAAUUAUAAUUUCAUAACCAAAGAUGUAAUUUAUACAGGACUUGUGCCAACUAUUGAUUACUUAAAUUAUUUAUACCCAAGUAUCUACUUAUUUAUUAUUAUAUUAUGUAAUGAAAGAGCGUCGAAUAGUAAUUUUGUAGUCAAGGCUAUUUUUUAUAAUCAGUUAGUAUUGUAUUAUAAAUAUAGAGAUACUACAUAACUUUGUCUAAUUGCAUGAAUGAAGAUUGCAUUAAGCAUCUUUAAAUAUAUAAUGAAUUUUAUUAAAUUGGAAAUCAAGUAUUAAAAAUCAAAUGAAAUUUAAACGUACCAAGAGUUUUAAUCAAAUACAAUCUACCACCACAUGUGUAUUGUACUUGAAAAUUAAAUAGGAACAUGUAAUUGUUUUUCUAGAUUUAGACUCGUGAUUGAUGAA